CGGGGAGGCGUGACGUCUGACGGCGGCCAGGACGCCAGCGAGAGGCCGCCGGAGCCGCGGAACCCGGCGGUGUCCUUUCGCUUCGGACGUGUUUCUGUGCGCGGUGGUGGCCGGAGGCUUUGCAGGUGAGAAAAUGGCAUUUGUGAAGAGUGGAUGGUUGCUGCGACAGAGUACUAUUUUGAAGCGCUGGAAGAAGAAUUGGUUUGACCUGUGGUCAGAUGGUCACCUGAUCUAUUAUGAUGACCAGACUCGGCAGAGUGUAGAAGAUAAGGUCCACAUGCCAGUGGACUGCAUCAACAUCCGCAUGGGACAUGAAUGUCGGGAUAUUCAGCCACCAGAUGGGAAGCCAAAAGACUGUAUGCUGCAGAUUGUUUGCCGAGAUGGAAAAACCAUCAGUCUUUGUGCAGAAAGCACAGAUGAUUGUUUGGCCUGGAAGUUUACACUCCAGGAUUCCAGGACAAACACAGCUUAUGUUGGCUCAGAAGUCAUGUAUGAUGAGACAGCUGUGGCUUCCUCUCCACCUCCCUACACAGCGUAUGCUGCACCAACCCCUGAGCAGGCAUAUGGCUAUGGUCCAUACAGUGGUGCAUACCCACCAGGAACUCAAGUUGUCUAUGCUGCAAAUGGACAGGCUUAUGCUGUUCCCUAUCAGUACCCAUAUGCAGGACUUUAUGGACAGCAACCUGCGAACCAAGUCAUCAUCCGUGAGCGGUAUCGAGACAACGACAGUGACCUGGCGCUGGGCAUGCUGGCCGGGGCGGCCACGGGCAUGGCCCUGGGGUCUCUGUUCUGGGUCUUCUAGAGUCCUCGGAACCUCGACGUGCAUAGCUUCUGAUACCCCGUGUGCAAUAAUAUGAUUUGCAGGGCAUUUCUGUUUGUUACAAAUAUUUUUAGUAAUAGAUUUAAUAGUUCUUUUGAAAGUAGUGACAAAAUGCUUAUAAGUACAUAGAAGUGCCGCAGAGAAAGCUUUAGACUGCUGUUUAGCUAACAUGUGGACUAUUUGGGGGCACUGGCUCAUUUGAGGAGUUUCCUUAUAAAACUCUCGCAAUACUUUAUUUAAACACACCUGUUUUGAAAGGCCGUUUUGUUUUUAGAGUUAGGUCUUAGUUCUUAAGGGAUAAUUUAUUUUAGUGUUUUGCUGGUAACAUGGUGAUGUAUGAGUGAAUGAAUGACCCUGGCGAGAAAAACUGCAGCUUCUUUGGUUUAAUGUCAGACUUUCAAACGUCAGACCAGAACUGGCUGCAUGUUACUUCAGGAGUUACAGGCUGGAACCUUCUUUAGGCAGCGGGGUGAUAUCCCACAGCCUCUGGGACUGGCUAGCAAAGCCGACUGCUCAGGAUGAUGGACGGCAUGGCAGUUUCCCCCUUGAAAAUGAUGCUUUUUCAUUUUAUUCUUGUUUGUUUUUGGUAGUGAUACUUGGAAAGCAUCCCAGAUUAGGAGUAGACUUGAGUGUCAACAUUUUAGGGCUUUAUCAUUUAACACUUGAAGAAGGCACAACAACUGCAAAAAAGUGUGUGGAGGUAGAUUUAGUUUUUUCAGAGGCAUCAUGGUUUUAGUGUUAGCUUUGAGCAUUUUUUAUUGCCACUUCAGCCUACUUAUAGCUUAUUUUUCUACUUGUUGAGAAAAUAAUAUGAAGAGAAUGGUGAGGAAAGUGAAAUGAGAGCCAUAGUUGCAGUGGUCCUGUUCCAGGGGACUGGGCUGCACUGAGGGUGUGUGUGAUGUCCUUCUGAAGGCUGGUGAUGGGCCCAUCGCCUGUCCUGUGUGGGUCUGGGCACUGCUGCUGCCCCGAGCUCUGUGCUGCAUGGUGGGGGAGCUCAGGUUAUAGACGGGAGCUUCGGCCCAGAGACAUGAACGGCCUGCUCAAGAUACUCUCCACCUGACCAGGACACCGGCCUUGCUUUUAUUUCUGACUUUAGUGUCACAGAGAAGCUUGAACCAUUUAAUUUUGAGCCCCAACUUAAAUGUGAAGCUCUGAAAAACCAAGGGCCCUGCAUUUCUGUAAUUUUCUUAUUUCUUUAUGUAAAUUUUAAAACUUCAGUUAUUCCAGUUUUUUGUCCUGCAUGUUUUAAAAAAUGUACAUUUACAAAGGCACAUCGAAGGUCUCUGCCGCUAUACUCCAUGUGGCCACGUUUCCAUAAAAUACACUCCUGGUAGCCCAAAUUCUGUUUUUAUUUCGUGUGGCCAGUUACAAACACAGUGUUUUGUUCCAUUUAUCAGUCCACUCCACCUCUAAGGCAGACUUGAAUAGAUCUAUCUCCAUCUGAAAACUAGAUGCCAAAUGAACUUUGUGGUGACCAUAGGUCUGUUUCCCUAGCCAAUUCUACUGUACCUGUUGACACUGGAGAGCUGUUUCCAGCUGAAAAGAAGUAUACUUGGCUGUCAUUUCUUUGGAUGUGUCAUGUGGUGGAAAGUUGCCAGAUGCGAUGUGUGACAAUACUGGUUUUGAUGGUUAAGAAUGUUACUUAGUUUACAUCAUAUGUAAUAAGAAUAGCUUUGGUCAGAUGGUAAUCAUUAUUCAAGCUGUAUCCUUUACAAGCAAAAUACUAAACUCAGUUAAUUUUGAACUAGGAAUUACUGGAACGACAGAUACUGAGUCAUGUCCCUGAAAUGCCCUUGAAGCAGAUGGUCUCCCUGAGUUCCGCCCCCUGACAGAGUUGGGGCGCUGUGGACUGAAGUCCUGACAUACAUGUGCUCCCCCAUCUCCAGUCCCUGUCCCUAGCCGGGCAAGCCACGUUGGGCGACUGUAGUUGAGUCUGGAAGUUCACUGCCCUAGCGACUUGAUCCUGAGAGGAAAUGUGUGCUCGGCAUAAAGAUGGGCUGAGAUGCUUCAUUCCCCUGGCUCCAGUUCUCAUAGAUGCCAAUCUUUUGGUCACCUCGAUUAGGAAGUCCUAAAUCAAGAAGUUAGGUGAGUUGGAAGGAACUUGUUCACUUUAACGAAAGUAAAAUAUUUAGUCAGCAUUUUACUUCCAUGUGUAAUUUUAAAUAUUUGGCUGUUGAUAUUGCACACAUGCCAGUCUGCUUGUUUCUUUGCUCUGUUCGUUUAAUUUCUUGAGUUAACUUCAGGGUUAGAUUUAAAGAGAAGGGAGAGAUGAGUGACUGUGUUUCAGAUCAACAUUCAUGAAAUGGGCCAGACUGGGAUGCAAGAUCUGGAUCAUGGGAUAAGUUCCUACCACUGAAACAGAAUGACCCAUGUUUGUUUUCUACAUUAAUUGUGAUUCUGUACGAUCUUUUCCUCCUUCCCAAGUUUAUAGACAAUGGCAUGGAAUGCAGUUCCAUUUUUUUCCCCCGUGGGUUGAUCUUUUCUUUUCUCUUCUGAUUGCUUGCCUGUUUCUAGUAUUCUGUGGUGUCCUCUGAACCAGUUUUUCCCUGUAUAUGCAAAUUGUAUGUUUAUAAGUGAAAAUGUUAAUACAUUAAAUGAUUGUUAACCUUAAAGCAUA